GGUUUUGGUAACGUCGGUCUCCACUCGAUGCGUUACCUUCAUCGUUUUGGGGCAAAGUGCGUCGGAAUCGGAGAAAUGGACGGAAACAUCUGGAACCCCAACGGCAUCGACCCCAAAGAGCUGGAGGACUACAAACUGGAGAACGGGACCAUCGUGGGCUUCCCGAACGCAACGCCGUACGAAGGAAACAUCCUGGAGGCCGACUGCGACAUCCUGAUCCCCGCCGCCAGCGAGAAGCAGCUGACCAAGAGCAACGCACACAAGAUCAAGGCCAAGAUCAUCGCCGAGGGCGCCAACGGUCCGACCACGCCCGAGGCCGACCGAAUCUUCCUGGAGAGAAACAUCCUGGUGAUCCCGGUCAGUGACAUCAAAUGUCGACGUGACGUCUGACUGUAAACUUC